CUGGGCAUGCCUGGCUCUGCUCCUUCCGUUCAUCUUGAGCGUGCCCCCUCCAGAGGCUGAGCGGAAGGAGGCCUGCUCCUCUGUGCUAUACCAGGAAAUUUGUGCUCUCCCAGGCCAAGAAGAACAAACUGAGGACUAUCUCUGAAGGCCAUUGAAUUCCUUUUUAAGUCUAGAGGGGAAAUCUGAGAUCAGUAUACUGUUGUGUCUAUGAUAGCUGAAGAUGAAUUAUUGGAAAGAGUCAGGGUACUAACUGCUUCCAUUUGCAUUCUACUCUUGAUCCUUUUGUGGUGAGCUUUUUGUUUGUGCAAAGCUGGCUGGGGUCAGCCUAGUGGGUAAAAAAAAAACCCUCAAUGAAAGAGGUUGGGAAUCUCCAAUCUCCAUCCCAAAACAUGUCACUGAUGACUUGAACAUAUCACCAGAUACUCAAGGUACAGAGGAGAGCUUCCACCUGUGGGAGAAUGAUCUUCUGAAGAGAAAUUUGGAGUCAUCAUCAGAGCCAUUGGAGGGGACAUCUGAGAGUCAAAUGGGUGACAUUUCACAAGAGCCUGUCAUGCCUCCAGUCCAGAGGAGAAAGUUAGAUCCACUUCCAAAAAAGCAUAGACGUCUUAGGAAGGCUGUAAGGACAAAGAGAAUGAGAAAGAACAAGAGGAAGGAGAAAGUGGAGACCCUAUGCCCCCCAAUCCUUCCAACACCUUUGGUACCACCACAAAGUGAAGAAGAUGAAGUGGUAGAUACAAAGCCGACUGUACUCAGUGCUCAUGAAGAUGAUCCUGACCUUCCCAGUGAAAACCCAUUACAGAGUCAGCAGGAUGAGGGUGCCUGUGUGACGCAUCAGGAGUGUCCAAUCCAGCCCUGUGAGCAGCCAGCAUCCUCGGAGCCUGGGCCCUCUUCCCCUGCAGUGACAUCCUUGGCAUCACCGCCACUCUGCUUUGGUCGCUUCUUAAGCUGUGUCUGCCGGACCUUCUCGAGGUCUAGGAAGCGGAAGCACCCUGGAAGGCAGGGUACUGAGCUGAUUGAGGCAGGAGGUGAUGCCAAGUCUCUGAGACCUAGCCUGCUGAGGGAUCUGGGCAAAAACAGAGUGCAGCCUCAUGAGGGCCUGUAGCAUGUUGGUACGGCUAUGGGUUCUCCCUGUGUUUAGUUUUGUAGUUUUCUCCAUAUCGUUGUUCCUGUUGGUUGAGUUCUUGUUUAUCAAAAAGAGAGCAGCUUUUAUGCUGAGAUCCUUAAGCCUAAAGAUGUGGUAAAAGCAAAGUAACUGAAAUUUUUAACACUUAACCCCAGUAGUGGGAUUACUUCCUACUUCCUCCUGUUAGGCUGAAGUAGCAUUCACUCUGGAGCAGUGGUUCCCAAAAUUCAUGCAGAUGUCACUCGUGUCUUCAGUUAGUUCAAGUCUCACUGCCUUCUCUGAGGAUGGAAGCCAUCCCAUGCCAUCAUUUUGAGUAAUGUCUCCAGAUAUUAGCCGCUAAGUGGAGAUGUGUCAUGUCCAGCUCCUCUCAUUAUCUUUUACCUUUGGCUAGAGAUUUCUUUUGAAUUCUUCAUCCUCAGUACUUUGUAGAACUUCUGCCACUUUCUAACAGAUUCAGCUAUGCCUCAGGGGGUGGUGUUGCUACUUUUCUUGGACAGGGUAACACUACCAUCUCCUCUAUCUCUAACCAUGGUUUGGUUUUCUUUUUGUCACUUGUUGGUAAGCUACCUGGCUCUUCCUUUUGAAUGUGCCUCUGGUGUUCUCUAGCCAUAUGUAUUAAACCUAGUCAAAUAAGUUAAUAGCCUCCUUCCUUGUUAUUCUUUAGCCAGACUCUCACAGAAUCCCAUGUUCUUGAGAGAACCCUAAAGAAAAUAAGUACUUAAGAAAAGUUCAAGACUAUUUCAUUUCUCCCAUUGUUUUCCCAGCACACUAGGUUAAUCCUGUUCCCAGGAUGUAAACUUUUAAGAGUUUAAACUAAUCUUAUGCCCUACUUUGAGAGAGGAGGUUUAAGAAGAGUUUUAGAGUUUCCCCUAUAGCUUUAAUUACCUGUUGUUAUUUCCUACUUGUUCCAGUUUCCCACUGCAUAUAAGAAUAAUAAAGGUGCAAAUAGAAAUAAAUGUGUAAAGUAUCUGUCUCCCUUCCUUAGGACUAACCCUGAUGGUUACCACACUAGAAUUGGAGAAGAUAACCAAUGUGUUUGUUUUGUUCUUUUUUGCCUAGAAGUUGGAAAGGGAAUAGAAUGAUUUGCAGGAGCAGUGGCAAAGAUCCUUAAGCCUGCCUCGGGGGUGAUUUGUAAAAACUGCCCUGGAUUAAGUUUUGUGAUGUGGUGUGGAUUUCAAGUUGGGAUGAGGAAUUUUGUAAAAUGUCAUAGUUCAUGCUUGGAGUAAAAUGGGAGGGAUCUCUCAAGUCAGUCAGGCUUUGACACCUUUAGUUGUCUAAAGAGUAUUCGAUUGUUUAGAGAGUAUAACAUUUUAGUAGAGCUAAUUGAGCAUUACAAAUGGGCUCAAGCUAUUACGUGAAAUUUCAAAUGAUCUAAACUAUAUUUAUGCACAUAUCUUCUCAAUGUAAUAUAAGAAACAUUAUGCCACGCAAGGCAUAAUGUACAGAAAAUCUUGCAUCAUGGAGCCUAUUACUAAAAGCUCAAAAGAGGAUAGAUAUUAGCGUUGUUAUUAAUGCUUUGUUACUGUUUCUUAUCAUAAGGUGUUUCAGGAUGAGUUGUUCUAUCAUAGAAAAACUUUCAUUCCAGUCUGGUUAGCCAUAUGCCCACUCCCAUCUACAAUGCUGAUUUCCACAUAAAGUUUAUUUAUUCCAAAUUUAGAGUAUAGAUUUCAGAUAAGGGAAGAUCUGGAUAAGUACUUAGUUCUGAAACUCUAUUGCUCAUAUGUCUUGACCCCUCCCUCACAAACAGGGGAAAAAGGUGUCCAUGUCUCCUCCACUGUAUUUGUAAAGAAGAACUUAUGUGUUCUCAGGUUUCAUAUUC